GAAGAAGAAGAAUAGCGGAGGGUGUGCGACGUUAGCUAUGGGGUAACUUCGGUCAAAUAUGUGGACUGAGGCGACCGAGUGGUAAAACAUUGGACAUGUAACCUCCAUUUAAACUACUUUACCACUUGAAGCGCCGCUAAUCAGUUUUAUUUUUCGCUGACGGUAAAUUUAGUUUUAGCAGGAAGGCUAACUAUCACAGACACGACUGAAGUGAGUCGUUUUAAAAUAUAAACAAGUGUGGCGUUACUCCGUUUCGCUUUGGAUUUGACAGUUUUCGCCUAGUUAUUCGGCAGCAUUUGAUCUUGCAUAUCUGAAGAGGCCUAUAAAUGGAUCCAGGGGUUUUUCGUGAAAGUCCCGCGGGUUCUGGGGAGCCUUCAGUGGAGGAGAAGAGAGGAGAAGAUCCCGAAGGAGAUCAAACAGAGGACGUGGUCGGUGAGGGCAGAGAGGCUGAUGGGGAAUCCGAGGAAACAGAGAUGGAGAGUAAAGAUUCUGGCAGAUGUUUAUGUCAAGCGGAAAAUAAGAUGCAUGGAAAACUACCAGAGGAGGAACUAGAUCCUAGAAUCCAGGAGGAGCUAGAGCAUCUUAAUGAGGCCAGCGUGGAGAUCAACAAGCUUGAACUGGAGUUGCAAGAGGUUCGAUCCAGCCACAGGAGGAUUAUGAGCGAAUCUGUGCUUAAACUCAAGGCAAUGAGUUCAGAACUGGGUUCCUGCAUUGAGAAGGCCAGGCCUUACUAUGAGGCUCGAAGGAAAGCAAAAGAGGCCCAGCAGGAGACACAGAAAGCCGCGCUCAGGUUUGAGAGAGGGGUCUCCAUGCAUUCAGCUGCUCGGGAGAUGGUCCAUGUAGCUGAACAAGGCCUCACUGCAGUCAAGACGUUGGAUCCAACCUGGCAAGAGAUGCUGAAUCACGCCACAUUAAAGGUAAAUGAGGCAGAAGAGGAGCGCAUGAAGAGUGAACGAGAGCACAUGCGUGUCACUCAAGUGUGUCAGGAAGCGGAGGCUUAUGUGCUGCAGCUGCAAAAGUCUCUGAAGAGAGCCAUCUUAAAGUCCAAGCCUUACUUUGAGCUCAAGGCUCAAUUCAAUGACACGCUAGAGGAGCACAAGUCAAAGAUUUUAGAAUUAGAGGAGCAUAUUUCCAAAGCCAAGGUCAACUACUCCAGCAGCCUGCGCCACCUGGAGCAAAUCAGCGAAGAGAUUCAUGCCCAGAGAGAGCAGGACCAACCAAAGGACGGACCAAUCAAGACAUCUGGUGGGCGGAGCCCUCCAGUUGGAGCAGAGACAAUCAGCAGCACAGGGACUGAAGGCAGAGCCUCUGGGGGCUACCCCAGACCAAGUGAUUGGGUGGAUGGUAAGGAUGGUGUGGAGUGGGAGGAGAGACAUUGUAACUCCAAGUGGGGGGAGAUGGGAACAGCUGAGGUAAUGAGAUCUGGUUCAAAUACUCUUUCCAGCAUCAGCUUGCAGACCAUCAUCUCAGAUCUUGGAAAGUGUGACUCAGUUGAACAUCUGGGUCAUCUAAGCAGUGAUGUUAGUCUUUCAGGGGAAGAGGGGGAGGGUACAGGGGGAGUGAGGCAGAAAAACCUAGACACUUCAGAGGAGUUCCUCAAACACCACAACAGAAGUGUCAGUAUGUGAGUGCAUACAUCAUUAAUAUCGAUUUAAAAAUGUUUUAUCAUUUUUAAGAUUUUCCUUCCCUGAUGACAUUUUUGUUUUUCAAUUUGAUUUAAAAGCAACUGACAGAGCAAGUCUAACACCCUGUCUACAUGAGACAUGAGCAGUGCGAUGCAACAAAAGCAAAUCGCUCCCAUUAUAAUCAAUGAUGCUGUCUACACUGGAAGUGUCCGUCCUGUCGUGCCUUGUCGCGCUGAUAGCAAACAGAUUCCCCGUUCUACUUUGUGAAGUACGUGCUGGUGCUACUCCUGCCAACAUGACAAAUAAACAGUUUAGAACGUUUGCUUUGAUGCCUCCCAGUGUAGACAGCCUCAAAGCGUUGCGAAAUCACUCGUGUGUGGUGUUGACAGGUGUUAUUAGUGAUUUUCUUUAAAAAAAAAAUAUAUAUAUUUUUACUACGCAUGAAAAGCGAGAAGACCAACAUUUUUAAGUAAGUUAUCUCAUUUGGGUAUUUCAUAUCAAGUGACAAAAAACUGACAAUGACAAGCCUAGUAAUCACUGCUUUCUCAUUUUUAGCCUAAUCAACAUACUACACAAUAUAUCACUUUUGAUCCUAACAAGCACCAAGUUUUUUCUAUGCGGAUGAAUAAAGCAGUGUCUUAUAAGCACGCUCUUUAUUAUAGUCUCUAUAGCUGACAUAAUAAUAAUGUGAUGCAAUUUUGUUCUGUAUUUAUCAGAUUUUACUGACUGCAGUCAUACACUCUGAAGGAAAAAAUGCUGUCUAUGAUUAGCUAGUGCCAUGGUCUAAAAUUAUACUAUUAUUUAUCUCUUGUUUAUUUUCAUUUUCAUUUUACAAUUAAUUUACAUUUUGAACUGUAUGCCUUUUUUCUUAUCUUGACUUUGAAAUGGUGGUUCAUGUAUAGCUCCCAACUGACCAUAUUUUUCUCAAAAACAUUCUUAAAUUCCUAAAAGUGCUUUGUAUGCAUGCAUAUAGGGUAUGCUUUUGUUUGUCUAGUUAUUUUUAAUGCACAAUUUUCCCUCAGGAUUAGAACAGAAAUACUGAUUUUGUCCAGUUGGAGAAAUUAAGUACUGAAUGAUUUUCUUAUUGAAGGGUUUUAAAUGACUGCCACAAAAAAAUGUGUUUAGCUAUUUAGGACAAUCGCUAUUUUUUCCAGAAUGUAUUUUCAUUUUACAUUUUGUGUUAAUCAUCUUUGAAUGAUUUUUACCUUUGUUUUCACAGCAUUUUUUCUAUCGAUUGAUGGAAAGUGUUUAUUUAGUGAGUUUGCUACUUAAAUCCUCAGUGAGAGCACUGAAUACCCUUUGUUAUUAUUUUAACUAGUGUUCUAUAUGAAGAUAUGCACAGAGGUGACAAAUCCGAUGGAACUACAAAUUCAUAUGACCCUGUGGAUUUAUCAUGAAUUGGAUCAUGUUCUUUCUGCAAUCUCACUAUAACUUGUCUUAUUUUAUUUAUUUAUUUAUUAUUUUUUACAGAUUAUUUGGAUUGUGUAUGUUGUAAUAAUUACAGGGUUUCCACAAUCUUGGAAAAUCAGGACGUGUGAGUGAAUUUUAAAUUUGUGAUUUCCAAGGUUGGAAAAGUCGUGGUAAUUAGGUAAAUCAAGUAAUGGAGAAGUUAUGCACAUUUCGGAAGUGAUUAUAACUAUUUCAAGUUAUGCUGUGCUCUAAAGUGUUUUAUUGGCUUUGAAAUUGCUCUUUGAGUGCUUUCUCCAUAAACUAUGUUUUUAAAGCCCUAAUACAAUAAUCCAUAAGACUGGAAAAAUCAUGGAAGUGUAUUUGUCAAAAGUUGUGGGAAGCUUGCAAUUGCUGUUUAGUUUGUUGUAGCUCUUUUGCAUUGGGUAUCAUGAACUAGCAAUGAAUAAUAUAUUUUUUACAGCAUUUAUUAAUUAUUGUAAUGGUAGUUAAUACAAUUACAGUUGUUCAUUGUUAGUUCAUGUUAAUGAAUGUAAACUUAUUUUGAAGUGUUACCACAUCCAGCAAAUAUCAGCUAUUUAUUUCUUGAUUUUUAUUAAGACAGCAUAAUGUUUAUCCAAUGUCUUGGAACAUUAUAGCAUUUUAACAAUAGACUGAAAUACAAAUAAAUGUGAGCACAUGAAUGUCGCCUUGAAAAUAGACUUUUCAAAAUGAUUGAUUUCUUUUCAAUUAUUAAAGAGCCAAGUAAAAAUAGAUGACCGUGCCCAUAACGAACAGCUCAGAGGAGAAGACAAUCCUGGAGGAAUGGAAAGCUUCUUUAAAAUAGAUAUGCAUGUAUAGGUGCAUUUGUGUGUCUGUACAUAUACAAUAUAUGCUUUCUGUAAAAUACUUUGUAAACACUGGGUUUAAAAGGUGUCAUUUAAAUAAAGUUAAAUU